UGGGCAGAGCAGUUCUCAUUUCGGGCCAUCGAGGGGUGUCAGCUGUGUGUCCUGCGCAGCGAUGGGGACCGGGGGGAUGCCGGGGGCCGGGAGGCGCUGGGCUGGGGCUGUGCUGGUGACACUGGCGGUGCUGGGACCCCACGUGGCUCGUUGCACGGAGCCCCCAGAGCACUUCAUCUACCUGGGCACGGACGAGUGUUACUACACCAACGGCACCCAGCGCGUGAGGUAUGUGUGCCGGGAGAUCUGGAACCAGCAGGACUUCGUUCACUUCGACAGCGACCUGGGCGUGUUCGUGGCCGACACGGAGCUGGGGGAGCCUGACGCCAAGUGCUGGAACAGCCAGAAGGACGUGCUGGAGGAUGCACGGGCCGCAGUGGACACGUGCCGAUACAACUACGGGGUGGCUGAGCAAGGCCACGUGAUCGGCCACAGCGUGAAGCCCAAGGUGAAAGUCUCCCCAACAAAAUCAGGAGCCCAGGCCCACCCAGACACACUGAUUUGCUCUGUGACGGGGUUUUACCCUGGUGGGAUCGAGGUGAAAUGGUUGAAGAACGGGCAGGAGCAGAUGGCCGGAGUGGUGUCCACGGAGCUGAUGCAGAACGGAGACUGGACCUUCCAGAUCCUUGUGAUGCUGGAAAUGACCCCCCGGAGCGGGGACGUCUACACCUGCCAGGUGGAGCACAGCAGCCUGCCGGACCCUGUCACUGUGCUCUGGGAGGUGCAGUCAGACUCGGCCAGGAGCAAGAUGCUGACAGGGGUUGGGGGCUUUGUGCUGGGGCUGAUCUUCCUGGCACUGGGACUCCUCGUCUACCUGAGGAACAAGAAAGGCCGCCCCGUUCCCCAGCCAACAGGGCUCCUCAGUUAGAUCCUGCAGCUUCGGGGCCUGCAUUGCCCAGCGUGAUUCUCCAGCCCCGUCUCCUGGCACCUGUCCCUGUGUCUGGAACUCUUCUCACUUUCCCUCCAUCCUCACCUGGACCCCUGGGGUUGACUCCUCAGAGUUAACCCUUUAUCUGCCUAAGUGUAUACCACAUCUGCACUCAGAAAUGCUACUGAUUUUGGGGGGAUCUCCAGGGGACUUGUAUCUGAGACACAGGGAGUUGUAACAAGGCUGUUUGCAGCAGUUGUCACAGCCCUUUGGAAUGAGACUCCCGUGGGGCCCAACUUAAGCUAAUAUGCCCCAGGAAGGACCAGUAUCACCCUCAGCCCGAGCGGUGGAAACAUGUUGUUAGGAAAGGACAGGGUGGAGGAGCCCAGUGAUACCCAGGGAACACAUGCUCUACCCUUGGGCCAGGGCGGUCCUGGGGGGUCUCUGAGCUUGUAGCCACCUCGUUGUAAUUGAGAUCUGGUAAGCCUGGCCUGGGGUCCCAGGUGUCCCGUGGGGCUGUUGGAGAGAAGCAGGUGGGAGUUGAAUUGGGUCCAUUGAAACAUGUGCUGGAGCUUGUGCUAUUUAAUUGUUCCUGCUACUGCUCUGGAUCACUCCUUGGGGACUGGAAAGGAGCAGCUUUCUGUCCUGCUGGGGGUGAUGUUGUUUCUGACCAAUAACUUGUCUCACCGGUGUGUGCGGUGCGUUGAGCCCUCCCUUUUCAUAGCUCCAUUUCCCUGGGUCUGUUUCUGAAGCUGUGUGGGUUUACAGCCCCGUGCAGCAAAGUCAGUCUCCCCCACACUCUCCUAACUGCAUCUGGUGUUUCCCUCACCCCAUGGCUGCCACGUUCCCUUUGAUGGUGGGAGUUGCAAUCAGGAAUGAAAUGGCAGUGAAGCUGUGACAGAGGCUGACCUCGGGGGUGCCACCAAUCCUGCUGUGAUCCACAGGCCUCGCUUCAAGUCACCUUUGGUGCCUUCCCCCUGGGCUCACCCCACAGCUCUGCACAGGCUGUGCUCGGCUCCCCAUCAGCAGGUGCCAGCAGAGGCCGUCCCUGGGCCCUGCCCUGAGGGCUCUCCGCUGGCUUUGGAGGACAUCAGCUACUGAGAGUGUGAGCUUGCGAAGGUGCUGAACAUGCAGGUGAAAAUCUCUGGUUCUUGUUCCUUGAAUCUGCUAAUGGUAAUACAGGUCUCAUGUCCCCGCAUGGUCACAAUGUAGUCUGUGCUGGCCGGCCUCGCAGCUCUUUCCCUUCCCCUGGCUGUGCGUGUUGGUUUCUGAGUGUCCUUGGACAUCAUGAGCAUGGCUUGUCCCUUACUGAUGGUCUGCGAAAGGGGAGAUCAGAUCCGAGCACUUGGGAAAUUCUGUUCUGGAGGAGGGGACCUGUCAUUUCUAGCACAAGUGAGGUGAAGGGUGUGAUUCCCUAAGUUGGCAAAAUUUCCCCCGCUGUGAUCAGGCACUGACUGAAUGAGUGCGGUGCAGCUGAGGCACUUUGCACUGAAGAGUUGGUCCCUUGGGUCUAGCUCUCCUUUGUAAAACAGCAGACAGCAGAGAGGGGUCUGGGGCUGAGGGACUCCUGUGAAGGUGUGAGGGCUCCCCAGGGUGUCCCACAAACACUUGUCAGUGCUGAAACCCAUCCUGUUCUCAUCUGCCCACCCCUGUAACCUGUCCAGGUCCGAUUGCAGCAUAUUCCUCCCUUCUAGCGUGCCCACUUCUCCCCACAUCUUAGUGCCAUCUGCAAAUUUGAACAAGGUGCUUUCCACCCCCUCAUCCAAGUCACUGAUGAAGAUGUUGAACAGUGCGGUCCCGAGGACCGAGCCCUGGGGGACCCCACUGCCCACAUCCCUCCAGGUCGAAAGUGAACCGUCCACCACCACUCUUUGGGUGUGGCCCUCCAGCCAAUUUGUGACCCAUCUGACUGUGUAGGCAUCGACACCACAAUCUCCUAAUUUUUUAAGAAGAAUGGGGUGAGAGACAGUGUCGAAGGCCUUCCUAAAGUCCAGAAAGACUAUGUCCACCAUGACACCUGUGUCCAAGGAAUUUGUGACCUGGUCAUAGAAGGCCACCAGGUUGGUCUGACAGGGCCUGCCUUGAAUGAACCCAUGCUGGUUGCCCCUAAGCAUAACCUCCCCUGCUGGCCUCUUGCAGAUGUGCUCCUGGAAAAUUUUCUCAAAGAGCUUCCCCAAGACCAAGGUAAGACUAACAGGCCUGUAAUUUCCUGGGUCCUCCUUCGUCCCAUUUUUGAAACUGGGGACCACUUUGGCCCUUUUCCAGUCCUCUGACAUCUCGCUGGAGCACCCCGAGUGCUCAUAAAGCCAUGCCAGGGGUCCUAAAAUGACCCCUGCUAAUUCCCUCAGCAUCCUGGGGUGGAGAUCGUCAGGACCUGCUGAUUUGAACACGUCCAGUCCCUCCAGAAGUUCCCUGACUAGGUCCUCUCUGACCCUGGGCCUGGCUGCGCCUCCCCUGGGGCCAUUGGGGGUCCCGGUGGUGGGGAUGACCUGGUCCCUGCUCAGAAAAAUGGAGGCAAAGAAAUCGUUAAAUAAGUUAGCUUUGUCAUCUGGUGUGACCACCAGAUUUCCAGGCGUGUCCUUCAUAGGCCGUACAUUACCCAGUAACUUUUUUUUGACCCCUUCAUAUUUAUCAAAGGAUUUCUUGUCGUCCUUGAUCCGGGUAGCUAGUCCCAGUCCCAUCUCUGCCUUAGUCUUCCUGACUGCCCCCCUGCAGCCCCGAGCAACUGUAGUCCUCCCUGGUGAUGGCCCCUCCCUGCCAUUGGGUGUACGCCUCCCUUUUAGCUAGGAGACAUUCUCAUAUGCUUUUGGUGAGCCAUGGGGGCUUUUGAGCACUCUUGCCCCCUUUGAUCCGUGUUGGGAUUGCCACCCUUUGGGCUCGGAGGACCUUCUCCUUCAGGAAUGACCACUCUUCUUGGACUCCCAAUUCCCCACCCCUCUGGAACCUCAGUGCCUACACAACUAGUCUCCUUAGGUCAAUGAAAUCCACCCUCCUGAAGUCCAGGGCUGCUGUCUUGCUGCAGGCCUUUAUCACCCUGCGCUGGAUGGUGAAUGCGAUGAUCGCUAUCUUCCAGGUGGUCGAGCACCCGCAGACCCCUCACCAGGUCGUCGCCUGUGGCUAGGACUAGGUCUAACAAGACGUCUCCCCUGGUGGGGCUGUGCACAUCCUAGGUUAGAUGAAGGUCCUGUAACAUGGCAAGGAACCUAUGUGAGUGGUCAGACCUGGCUGACUGCUCUUCCCAUCAAAUGUCCAUAUAGAUUAGGUCACCCAUGAUGACCACGUUCUUUGACUUAACUGCCUCUGCGAGCUGACCUGAGAAUUUCCGCUCUAGCUCUUCCCCCUGGUUGGGAGGUCUGUAGCAGACCCCCACCGUCAAGUCCCUUUCCCCCCGACCCCCUUGUAUUCUACCCCAGAUCACUUGAGUGUGUCCCUCCUCUGACCCAGUGCUGCUCAUUGAGGAUGUGAAUUGUUCUUUGACGUAGAGAGCCACAUGCCCGCCUUUCCUCCCUCUUCUAUCCCUCCUGUACAGCCUAUAGCUCUUGAUGUUCACCGCCCAGUCAUGUGUUGGAUCCCACCAUGUUUCAGCGAGCCCCACUAUGUCUGUGUCUGUGUCAGCUAGCAGGAGGGCAAAUUCCUCCUGCUUGUUCCCCAUACUGCGAGCAUUAGUGUAGAGGCAUUUAAGGCCUCCUGAAGGUGUAUGCACCACCCCUCUAAUCCCAGGACUAUCCGGGUCUCUUACGUGGGUAUUUCUUGUGCUCAUUGUCAGUUUUGGCUGGGCUGUUCUUGUGGGCAACACUUGGUUUGGUGGUCCAGGGCUCCCUCGCACCUCAUCCUCCCCUUCCCCCAGCGAGCCUAGUUUAAAGCCCGCCAGAGGAGAUCGGCCAACCUGAAAGAGAACACACGCUUACCUUUGGGGGGAGGUGAAGCCCAUCCCACCUGAGCAUGCCUCUCGUCUUGAAGUAUGGGUCAUGGUCCAAGAAGCUGAAGCUCUCCUCAAGACACUAUUCAUAAAGGCACAAGUUGACCUCUCUGACACAGAUCUCAUGGCGUCGUCCACGUCCGCUCACUGGAAAGACAGAUGAGCAGAUCACUUGUGCCCCUGUCUCCUUCAGCUUGCCCCCAGAGCAUGGUAGUCCUUCAUCAGAUGAUCUGGGCUUCCCCUGCCUGCAUCAUUAGCGCCCACAGGAAUUAGUACCAUGGCGUAGUAAUCAGUGGGCUAGAUAAUGGCCGGGAUCAUCUCCAUCACAUCCUGAAUCCUCGCUCUGGGCAGACAGGAGACCUCGCGUGUCAAGGAAUCCUGGUGACAGGUGAGACCCUCUGUACCUCUCAGGGUGGAGUCGCCUAUAACAAGCACUUGGCAUCUCUUCUUCCAGGUCAACUUGCCUUUUUCAGUCUGUUCAGUGCGUGGAGUGACCUCCUCUCCAGAGGUUUCUUCCUCUCCUUCCUUCUCCUCCAGUGUCGCCAGGGCCUCAUACCUGUCUCCAGCUGGACUGGGAGAACUGGUAGUGCACCGUCGCAACCAGCCCUGGUUCUGGAGGGAACCUUCUGCCAUUCUGCUGUGGAGGGCAUCUCCUGGGGUGCUUCUCCCUUUGGUGCUUGGCCCUGCAGGGAAAGGAAAUACCCAUCAAUAUUGUCCUCUGCUUCUCUGAUCCCCUCAGCCUGCUAACCUCCUCCUGGAGCUCCCUCACCUGCCCCUCCAAGGCCCUAAGACGGGCACCUGCAGGACAGGUGUGGGGGCCCCUGUUUCCUGCCCCGCCCCAGCCCCCCUGGGAGCCAUAUUCCUUUUGUCAGGGAUAGGCGGUGGAGGGGGAAACAUUGGCGAUCAGAAAUCCACCAUGAUUGAAGUGCUGGCAGGGGCUGACCUGCGGGUGGAGGGGGCCACCGAUUCCUGUCAUGAUUCACACAAGGAACCAGGGGCGACGUGUAGGGAAUGCAUGUGGGUGCACAUGCAAACCCUGAACGUGGCAGUGCAUCCCCGGUGGCAUCUGCAGGAACUCCCAGCUUACUACCACCACGCUCCCACUGCCACCAGCACAGCCGUGCCCCCUCAGCCGCUGGGGGCACACACCAUUCAUGCAAGGAACUUCUGGAGUCUCUCCCAUGAGGCUCAGCCCACAACUAGAUGGGAGGCCAUCUAGACCUGCUGAGCAGGGACACGAGCAGAGGCAGCUCCUGGUGCCCUGCUCUGAGGGCUCGUAGCUGGCUUGUGAGGAUGUCACCCCCUUGAUGCAGGUGGGGUGCGUGUGCGUAACAUGCAGGUGAAAAUCUGAAGUUAGGUUUUGUUGAGUCUACUAAUGGCAAACCAGGCCCCUAGAUGUUCACAACACAGCCUGUGCUGUCCAGCCCGGCAGCUGUUUCCCACGCUUGUGGCUGGAGUCCUGUAUUUCUGCCUGGCCUUGGACAGCCUUACAGAGCUUGUGCCUUACUGACCAUGUGCAUUAACUGUGAGAUCAAAGCACUUGGGAAAUCCUGGCUGCCUCUUCUGCGGAGGAGGGGAGCUAUAGCAUGAACAUAAUGAAAGGAGUGAUUCCCAAACCUGGCAAUGUUUCCUCUGCUACGAGCUGGCAAGGCCUGAAUGAGUCCAGUGGAACUGAGGCAUUUGGCACCUGCGACGUAGCCCGGCUUGUUCUCAGUGCUCAGACAGGAGACAGCAGAGAGGGGUUUGGGACUGAAGGACUCCUCUGAAGGUGUGAGGGCUCCCCAGGGAGUGUCACAAAGGAUGGUAAUAUGGGAGUGUGGGGCAUCUCUAAGCCAAAGGAGACAACAGGGGUAGUGCUGGUGUUGCUAUGAUCCAGGGGAGCCCUUCACAGAAGAUACCAACUAGAGCCCAAGGGCUGGUCUGGGAGUUGUGACCCAGGACAGCACUUCUUUGUGCACCAGGCAAUGAGCUCCCAAGCUGAGGAUCACCCCUCUCUCACUGCCCCUCAUGUCACUGGACCAUGUGCCACAUCCUGUCUUGCAGCUGCGAGGUACUGGCAUCACUCCAUCACUCACAGGCUGGAGCUACUGGGUCUCCUAUGUCUCUGGUGGGGACCCCAGGACCCAGAGAGUUGCAGAAAUGUCCCAUGUGGAGGGGUCCCCAUCCAGUCCUUCACUAAUCAUGGGGCUGGGGCACCUUUGUAGCUGGUUACAGGGUGAUGGUGCUAAGGAUUUACCAUGUGCACUCUCCUCCUGCCUUCCCAGGCACGAGAAAGGGAGAAGCUUGAGUUGGGAAAGACCCUUGUCCAGCUGCCAGAGAGGAGAUGAACAGCUCCCUGCUUAAGUGCAACUCUGAACCUGUAUGCUGGCACCCACCCCAGCUGCCCUGCCCCUGGCACCCCCUGAGACUGCAUGCUAGUGCCCCUCCCCGUGUUGACAUGAAGGGUGGGGAAUGGGCACACUCGUCCUUUCCUGUCGUUUGAAGUCCAGUUCCACUUAGGCCCCAGUGAUGGACGACUGUGAAACUCAAGCUAACCUGGGCCUUCCCACAAAAGUUAAAAUACAAAAUACUGAUGACAGCUGCAUAGUGCAAGAAGAUGUGAGUUUGUGGCUAGGCUGUCUGACAACAAUCAAUGAGGUAUCCCUUCCUGCUUACCUUGCUGUAUUCAUGCUGAGUUUAAUCAGGCUCCUGUUGUGUGGUACGUAGAUGUAUAAAAUGUCUGUCCUUGAAUAACUAGUUUGGUAAAUAUUUCUUUUGUAAAUAAUUCAUGUUUAUGUGCAGGAAGAGUCAUUCUCAAUAUCCUUCUGAUUUACUUUUGUUUUACCUUAGUGGUUCCCUUAAUCUUCGGAGGACAAUUCCUAAAAACCUUGUGUUUUCCCUGGUUGUUAAUCAAUUUCUUGAUACAUCCCAAACUUAGUAGAAAUAGAUAACCUCUUGUCACUGAGGUGCCUCCUGGCUCUGGGGGGGCACACAGUGUGUGGGGGCACAGCCCAAUGCACUCCCUAGCGGACUCGGAAAUGGACCAAAAGUGCUUCUGGUCCACUUCUGGGUGUGCUGCUGAGCUCGCUAGGGACUCCCCCAGAUUCGCUCCCUCCACCCCAGCAUCUCAGUACUCACAAGACAUAGAAAAAACAUUGAAAGCUGUUUCUGUGGGUGAAUCGCUGAUUCUCUGAAGCAGCAUCAGAUCUUCAGAUUCGGUUUUGGCCGAAUUGAAUUGGGACAGUGAUCCAAAUCAACGAAUCAAAUCACUGUCCCAAAUUUGAGCCAAAUCCAAAUCUCAGUUGAUUACAGCCUGUUUCAUACACCGCUAACGCCCAUCCCUCACAGCCAUUACCACUCAAAAUACCCUGCUCGCAAGCCUGAGCCUUCUCUGGCUCGUAUCUCUGCCCUUCUUUUGGGCAUGACACUUCUCUGGCUACAUCUCUGCCCUGCUCCUGGGCCUGCUGAGACCACCACCACCCACUUCUCACUCCGUAAACCACCAGCCCCUAAUGUGUCUCUAAGGCUGCCUUGUCUUAACCCCUGGCAGUGCAGAGUCUCCCUCUGUCUGUUGCUGUGCCUAACCUCUUCUUUCACCACCAAGGGCUGCUGACCUCCUCUCCAAACCAUGCUGCCCAAUGCAGUAGUCUGGGAGUUGACCUUGCCUGUGAAGACUAAGGCAAAAAUGGCAUUGAGCACUUCAGCCUUUUCUGCAUCUUCUGGUGAAAGGUUGCUGUAAUAGAGGGUCCCCUUUGUACACUCCCCUUCUCAGCAUGGAUAUAACAGAAGCCCCUUCUUCGUGCACCUCCCCUCCUCCCCCCUCUUUUGUGCAUUUCUUUUUCCUUCUAAGUAUUGACAGAGACCUAGCACACUCAUUGCAUGGCUGUGGCAAGGCUCAGAGCAAUUCAAGAAGCAGAAGUGGCUUUCUGUAGGAGAAUCCUACAAACUACCUCUACAUCUCAACUGAGCUAAGUGUCACUAAGGAAAACAAAAGAGCUGAAAUAUCCACUUAAAAGGAAAGUGUAUAAGAGACAAGAAAAGUCAAAGUGCAUUGAACACAUGACCGUAAAUAUACCCUGGUGAACGUGUUCCCUCUUUGAUUAAGACCUGUUUACCAAAGCAAAUGUCCCAUAUCUGUCUAAAGUUUUAUGCUAAAUCAGUCUACGUGACUGCAUCUAACCUAGUUCACUCACUGUCCCCAGUGGUCUUUGAUCCUCACUACCUCUCAUGGUAUUUUUAUAUAUUUCUCUCAGUGUGUUUUUAUAUUUCAUCUAUCUCAUGUGUGGCCUGAUAUUCUGUAUUUUAUAUUUUAUAUCUUUUAACUUUUAAUGAAUGUAUUCCUUAGAGUAAGUCAUACCUUGCAUUACUAAAAUGAUUAUUAUAAGAAUACAUUGGAAUUGUAAUCACUGGACUUGGAUUGCUAUAUUGGGGUGGUCCUCUACGUGAAUGGAGUAUAUAUAAGUCAGUAGAUAAUUGAAUGACAAAGCAAGAUCCUCUGGCUGUUAAUUGACAAUAGGCUAGCCAGAGGAACUUACCAUUACAAAACUCUUCUCUAGAAGCCAAUUUAAGCUAAUCCAGCUGCCUGAAACCUGCAAGGACACUGCCAUUAAGUCAAUCAAGUCAAGGGUGGACUCCCAAAACUGCACCGUCGGGCAGAACCCCCAGUGACUGUGACUGACAGCUGUCGUGCACUACGCAAGACCUGUGUAGAACAGCGACCUCUGGACUGGGCAGCCAAGAUGAUGCUGGGGGAUCACAGAAGUCUGCCAGAAAGGGAUUAAAAGGCAGUGAAGCGUGAUCCUCAGUGGCAUCCUCUCCUCCAGCACCCGACCUACCAGGACAGGACAAGCAUGUGACUCCCUUCUGGAGAAGACAUCACCUUGGAGGAAGCUGACCAUCGACAGCAGACUCCAGUGCCCUGGAUAGGUAUAAACCAACACUGGUGCUACACUACUAUUGCAGCCAUUGUGUGUAUGAGUGUAUGUAUGUGUGUGUCAGUGCAUGUUAAGGUGGCCAGUACCUGUCAUAACUCAAAGUCUGCAUUAAUGAUUUUAUUGGUAACUUCACAUCCUGUACAAUAAACUAGAAUUCAUGGUGA